AUGCGCGGCGUCCAGCGGACGGUGGCGGCGGCGGCGGCGGCGGCGCGACGACCGGCGCCUGGAGCAGCGGUGGUCACAACGACAGCCGCGGCAGCUACCCCGGGAAACAAGCUGGGCGCAGAGUUUAGUCUGAGCGGUACUAUUAGCGGUUUAGCAGAGAACCAUGAUACCAUGGAGGAGCUCGGCAUGCCGAGCGUGGCGGGGGAGGGAGGGAGGGAAAACAAGGAGUCCGAGGACGAGAAGAGUUGUGCGAAUGCCGCCUUUCCUGAACAGGCUACUGACAAGCCUGCGCGUUCGGACGAGGGAGAAGGGGAAGAUCUUCACAGCAUUGAGAAUCCGGGAGGACUCCACGCCGAGGGUGCGGGGGGGGGAACCGGUGGUCGGGUGAAUAGCGGUUUGCCCGUUGGGGAGGUGACGGGUGCUGUAAUGAGCCGCCAGAAGACCGAGUAUCGGACGAGGGUAAAGGUCCGGCCAGAACGGGCCGAGGAGAACAGGAGCGCUGCCGCGGCCGGGAAACAACAGGCAGCGCAUAGACACCUUCUGGAUGCGGAGGUCAGCCUGGGCGGGAUCAGAGGUUUGGCAGAGAACCGUGAUACGAGGGAGGAACUCGGUGUGCGGAGCUUCGGGGAGAAGGGGGGCAAGAGGAGCAACUUGUACGAAGACGAGGAGAAAUGUUCGGAUACCGACUUGCCUGAACAAACGACUGCAAACCCUGCGGCCUUGAGAGAGGGAGCAGGUGAAGAUCUCCACAGCGUCGAGGAAACGGGGGGGCUUCUCUCAAAGAGCGAGGGGGGGGGAGCCGACGAACGGGGGGAGUUAGCGGCGUUAAGGCGACGGGUGAUAGCGCUCCAGGCGACCGCAUUUGAAGAGACGACGAAGAGACUGGAGGCGGAGGAGACCGCGCUGAGUUUGAGAGACCUUCUGAGGACAACCGUGGAGUUCUACGAAGCACAGAUAGCCCACUUUAUGGCGCGAUGCCCGCGUAUAGCUAAAGACGGUGACAACCACCCGGGCGGUGCUAUGGAGGAGACUUUGCUGCUCAGAGAUGAAUCCAGCUGGUUGGAAAAUUCCGCAGAUGUGGACUUGCUGUCCGGGUACGACUACACGACAGGUGCCGAGACUGUUUUUGUCACCACGACCACCUCCACCAGCGGCGGUGGAGAGGGUGAGAGAGAGGAGGGGGGAGAGCUCCCAGGACACCCCGUGCAAACCGGAAAAGGCAGCACCAGCACCAGCACCGUCGUUGUGUGUUUCGAGGGCGAACAAGAGGAAAUUGCGGCGUUGAAGAUUUUCGAGGAAGAAGAGCGCGGGAAGGCAGGUGAGGAGCAAGACACGGGGGUGGUGCACACGAACGUUUCGGAGGAAGAGAAGGAGGAGGAAGAGAAGGAGGGGGAAGAGAAGGAGGAGGAGAAGGAGGAGAAGGAGGUGGUGGCAUCGGGUGAUGGUGUAGGUGCUGUUCCGAACAGCGUCUUGCCUUCCGAGUCGGGGGGCGGCAUCUCUGAGGAUUCCGGACCGAGAUCAACCGACGCGUCCUCCGGGCUGAGCGGGAAGGGCAUUGAAGUGUUCCACUCUUCUCCGACUACGGUCUCGCACGAUCAUGAGGUCCUCGGGAACGAAAAGCGAAUCGUCGAGGGUGCGGCACAGCAGAACAUCGCGACGGAGAGGGGGGACGUCUUGGGCAACCGGAGUGGUCCGCUACAGGACGUCUCGUUUCUGUCCGGCAACAUCCACAGCGAGAUCGGCGACGGCGAAACACAGGCUACGAAGAAGAACACAGCUGAGAAGGAGAGAUAUGAUCUAGAGGAGUGUGGCUCACACAAGCGCAGUGCAAGGUCAAGGAACCCCUUGGCAGCCUGGAGCAACGCCGAGCGAAGAGUUAGCAUCCACCGCGAGAUCGGAGCCGGUGAAAAACAGGUGACGAAGAAAAGCACAGCUGAGAAGGAGGGACAUGAACUAGCGGGGUGUGGCCCACACAAGCGCAGUGCAAGGCCAAGGAACCCUUUGCUAGCAUGGAGCAACGCCGAGCGUAGCGUUAGCAUUCACCGCGAGAUCGGCGACAGCGAAACACAGGCGACGAAGAAAGACACAGCUGAGAAGGCGAGGAAUGAACUAGCGGGGUGUGGCUCACACAAGUGCAGCGUUAGGCCAAGGAACCCCUUGCUAGCAUGGAGCAACGCCGAGCGUAGCGUUAGCGUGCUCGGCGGCCGACACGAUGCGCUGCAGGGGUCUCCCGACCAGGCAACCUCUAGCUUUGCCAAUACUUCUCGUCGCACGGAGGAGCGGGACACAACCGACAGCGAUCAGGGUGGCGGUGGUGAUGUGACCCAAUCAACGUUGCCAGAGGUAAUCGCGGGAGAAGGCUGCGAUCUUGUGCAGGAGGACAGUGGUGUCGGUGCCAACACGCCGCGACCCCUGGCGAUAGGUAACUCUGACAAGUCUGAGCUUCAAAGCGAGAAGGGGACGGAGCAGCAGCGGCAGCCAGAGGAUGGGAGCCGUUUGCGGGCUCGGCGAGUGGGCAAGCUUAACGCCCUGGCCCUCGUCCUCAGGGAAGCCGAGGACGCCAUCUGCGCAGGAGAGCGCGGUGGCCAGGAUGACCGCGGUAGCGGCGGCAGCGUUGUAGACAAGCAUAGAGCACAAGCGUCGCUUUCCCCGGUGGCCGAUGACCAAUCCGGGAGGCAGACAGCGGAAGAGGUUAAGGCGGGCGACGGAGACGCCCUCGCCCUCGAUAUGCUGUCUGAGGCCAUUCUGGGAGGCGAUUUCAACCGGGAUUUCUCGUACAAGCAGCGGCGAGAGGCCGAGCUUCAGCAGGGGGGCGUGGCAUUCUUGGCGGACAUUACCGAGGCGGAGGACGCGGGGCUCAUCCAGAUGGGCGAGGUAGUCGGACGGGGGGGCUACGGCGUGGUGUGCGAGGUGACGAUCGUCGAGAGGAGAAAACGCGCCGCCGCCCUCCGGUACACUGCGGGAAGGGAGCUCGUACUGAAGGGACCUCUGCAGGGAUCAGCGCUCGACUUUGACGACAGCUACCUCAACGAGAUACGGAUUCUGCAGAGGAAUCUGGCAGGAGUUGGAGGCGCGCUGGAGUUCCUCCAUGACAACGACAUCAUCCACGCCGAUGUAAAACCGGCAAACAUCCUUCGAGACAAGGAUUUCAGCCGCUUCGUACUGACCGACCUGGGCGUGGCCGGCGAGUCUGGGAAGACUCCGGCUGGCGGCGGGACGCCGUGGUGGAUGCCCCCAGAGACUACUGGAGAUUUCCACGGGAAUGGCCCCUCGCCGAUCGACUUGAAGAUGCUCCCGUCUUCGGACGUGUACUCGCUUGCCAUCGUUGCCCAUCAGCUGCUGACGGGGUCGGUUCUUCCGGUCACGAGCGGUGCGACCAUCUUCAAGCACAGGGACUCGAUCCCUAACAGCCCUUCCAAGACCAUGGCAAUGGACUUCCGCCGGACCAACAGGGCCAAGCUCCAAGCCGCAAACGACGACACGCGCCAAGAAGCCCAGCGCAUCAUGUUCGACAUUUACAGUGGGCACGUGGCACAAGAAUGCCGAAUGGAGGACCUAGAGAAGACCCUGUUGUCCCCGGUGAUGCUCCCCCAGCGCACAGAGAUGCAGUUCCCGAACCAGGUGUUGGACGUUCUGAAGGCGGCCUUGAACAAAGACCCCAGCCAACGCCUCUCCUUGCCGAGGUUCUGCCAAGUACUUCUCGACCAAGACCUGUGGUCGACGCAGCGGGCAAGGGCACCCGUCAUGAGCGGCUUGGCGGCAUCAGUCUCGGAUAGGAUCCGGGGUAUUCUGGACGGCAAGGAGAGGAGGAGCGGUGUCAGCUCUUCCACCGGGGGCGAGGAAGGUGACGGCGCCGGGGGCGGCGGUGGCGCUAGCGGCGAGGAGGAGACCGCGUGGUACAACGAUACCGAGGGCGUCGCCCCCUGGUGGAAGGACACCGAGCCGGUUCGACAAGAGCUACUCUUCCUGAGAGAGUUGUUGCCUUAG